AUGGUGAGUGUGGCUCGGCUGGUGUUGAUGCUGGGGCUGCUGCUGUGUCUGGGAUCCCAGCUGUCCUUCUCCCAACACUGGUCCCAUGGCUGGUACCCAGGAGGCAAGCGGGAACUGGACUCAUUUACCACCUCUGAGAUUUCAGAGGAGAUUAAACUCUGUGAGGCAGGAGAAUGCAGCUACCUGAGACCACAGCGAAGGAACAUCCUUAGGAACGUUCUUUUGGAUGCCCUGGCCAGAGAAUUCGAGAAGAUAAAGUAACCUUACAACUGAAGCUGACUUAAAUCCUUCCUUGUCUAUCUGUUUAUUUCAAAU